AUGUCAGUACAUGUGUGGUUCUAUCCCAAUAGAAUCCCAAAGCUGUUUUGCGCCACGUCCUCUCGACCACAUGAAGCUUUACAAGAUCUUCUCAACCGUGGACCACUUAAUCAGAGAUCUAUGCAUGGAAAUAUUCCGGAACAUGCUCUCAAAAAAGGAGCGAAGAAGCAGAUUAUCUUGAGAAGCAAUCCAAGCCAACGCUGUACUCCACAGCAGCAGAGCAAUGUUUCACCAUCGACCUCGAUAAAUUUUAUGGCACCUUUCAGCUCCGGUAGCAAAAGCCGAGCCCAGCCUGUGCCUGUAGAGAAUCGUGGUGAGUCGGCAGCGGAUGUCGAUUCGAUUCCAUGGAAGCAACCAGAGGGAAGGGCACGUCAUUGUAACACUAUAGUCGUUGUUGACUUUGCGCCAUUCACCCAAUCAGCUAUCUGGUCGACUCAGUCGCCGAAAACUCUCGAUAGCUCAGCUGGAAGAGCGCAAGACUGUAACGGAUUUACUCAGAGCAUCUUGAGGCCCGCGGUUCGAUCCCGCGUCGGGAGAAUUUUCACCCUAACACGCUGUUUACAAACUCUUGGACAUAAAUGCCAAGACUUGGCUUCACAAUUAGGUAGUAAUGGAGGUACGGAGCGAUGGAUUGCAGUGUUUGGUAUGCGUUGGGAUGCAUAUGGAACGAGACAUGCUGAUUUUGGAAGAAUGAUCACGACAAUCGAGCAGCAGAUCAUGGAAAAAAACAUGUUGCCAUCAAUCAAAUUCUGUCAUCUCAUAAGCUCAUCAUAUCAACAGCUGUCCUAACAGCUCCUCAAACCUCAACAGCCCUCAUACCGCCUCCCCUCCUCAGACACCCCCAAACAACUCCUCACUCCUACUCUUACUCCGCGGAUCCAAAUACGGCACCUCCCCAAUCCCCACAGCCCUACAACCAAAGCGCUCCCCCAAACCCUCAUAGUCAAAAGUCGCACUAUGAAACGCACUCCGAUUAUCCCAAAUCGCAAUAUCAUUCUCAUUCCUCCACUUAAACCGCACAGUCAAAUCAUGAUUAUCCAAAAUCACCCUCUUGAAUUUCGCCAACAAGUCAUCCGACUCCUCGAUCGUUAGCUCAUUGAUCUGUUUCGGGAAAGGUCCCAGAGCGUAAAUACUCUUCCAACCCGUGACGGGAUUCGUGCGGACGAUGGGGUGCACGGCGGAAAGGUGUUUGCCGGUGUUUUUGGGAGAGCCUCGGGGUUGAUCGUAGAUUUUGACGUUUUCUGGGUUGGCGGCUGCGGCGUUGAUGAAGCCGUCGCCGAUGAAGGUUGCUGUUAGGCUUUCGAAGAACUUUCGAUAGGCGGGAGAAAAGCGGUCGUAGAUUUCGUAGCCCGAGGCCCAGAGAGUGUCGCCGCCGGUUUUUGGGAGCAGGGUCAAGCGGAGGGAAGUGUAGUCUGCCGGCACGGGUUCGAAUUGGAUGUCUGAGUGCCAUUGAGCGGAGUCGUAUC